AUGGUAUUCGGAAGUUUGGUGGGUAACUUUGAUACUGUCCAACAAGCGUUGGCAUACCAGGCUACUAUCGGUCACAUUAUACGCUCCGCCCGUCCUCCGACAAGUCGCCGGCCCGACGGAAGCCUGGAUGUCCAAGAGUCGUGGAGAGAGUGGAUUGAAAUUGAAACGGCUAAACGAACAAAUUUCGUGGUCUAUUGUUUCUUCAACACCUUGACUAUUGCUUAUAAUGUUCCGCCUUGCUUGGUCAAUUCCGAGGUUGACAUGGAGCUACCCUGCGGAACAGCUGAGUGGCUCGCAGGAGAUACACAUGUCUGGAACGAGCACAGGAAACGAGGGCCUCCCUCACCCUCGUUCUCAGAGGCAUUCCACUGCCUCGUUUCUCCGUCAAAAGCACAAGCCCUACCCUGCAGCAGCUUCGGGAGGUAUGUCCUGCUGAGCGCAGUCCUGCAGAAUAUAUGGCAUCUUCGACAGGCGUGCAUCGGCCAGGAAGAAUCCGCAGGGUUGUCACGUAUUGCAUACUCGCUGCAGAAGUGGCAAGCCAUGGGUGACUCUGGCAUUGCAUCAUCGACGUCUCUACGCAGCACGGAUGACCCCAUGUUGUUCAUUUCAGCUGCAAUGUUGCCCGUCGCGUAUAUAGGACUCUGCGUAAGCUCCGCGCUCUCCAGAGCCGCGGUACGGACUCAAGACCCGGGAACCAUUGCAAAUGCGAUCGCCACACGGUUCAACGAUGUUGAGAGGUCCAAGGCGUCGACAACAGCGGCACUUCAUGCGACUCGCUUGCUGAACACCUUCGUCAGGAUUGGAAUCAACCUGAUAGGGCGGACGACCCCUUUGGUGUGGAGUGUUCAAUUACACCUCCAUUCAUUCGAAUGCUGCAUAUUUCUCAGCAAGUGGCUCGAGGCACUCUAUCAAGCCUCGGCUAAAAGCCACUGGAACCCCGAAGAAAAAAGUAUCGAAGCAAUGGUUCUGGAGACGUUGGCCGAGGUAAAGUUGCCGGCCAAUUUGGCUGCUCGUCCGAUUUAUGCUCGAAUCAUUUAUGCUUGGGCCCUGAUGUUUGACGGACCUGUCCUGUGGGGCAUCGUUCCAGUACUGGGUAAGGCACUGCGACUGUACGUGGAUGAUUUAGAACGCAGGAAACGAUAA